AUGUCAGGGGUUACCGAUAACCGCAAAUCAGUCCUGAUCACAGGUUGUUCUCCCGGUGGAAUUGGGCAUGCCCUUGCGCGGGAGUUUCAUCGAAAUGGAUUGCGCGUGAUAGCUACAGCCCGUAAAGCGGAGACUAUCUCCGACCUAGCUGGGCUUGGCAUUGAGACUCUGAGUUUGGUGGUCGAUGACCUUGAGAGUGUCAAGGCUUGCUAUACUGAAGUUGAGACAAGACUCGGUAAUAAAGGUUUAGAUUACCUGGUGAACAACGCAGGCCGCAACUAUACUGUCCCUGCCAUGGAGGUUGAUCUAGCGGAGGCACGCAAGACAUUUGAUACCAACUUUUUUGCUGUCAUUGUCAUGUGCCAGACAUUUGUGCCACUUUUGAUCAAAGCCAAGGGAACGAUUGUUCAGGUUGGAUCGAUCGUUGCUGUGAUUCCCUACGUAUUUGGAUCGGUCUACAAUGCAUCCAAAGCCGCUCUGCACUCUUUCAGCGACGUUCUUCGAGUCGAACUAGCUCCCUACGGAGUCCAUGUCACUACUAUUGUGACAGGAGGCGUACAAUCUCGAAUUGCGCGUACCGAACGCCACUUACAGCCGAAUUCCAUGUACAUGGAUAUCGAGAAGGAGUAUGACCAGCGCGUCGUGCAUAGCCAACAUAAUGCAAUGCCCCAUGAUGCGUAUGCCAAGAGUGUCGUUGCUCAGGUAUUGUAUGGAUCAGCCCCGUGGCGCUGGCUGUGGCCUUGGGCGCAAGGACGAAAGCUUUGGAUCUGGGAGGGUCAUCGCAGUUGGGUCGUUUGGCUGCUCUCGGGAGGUUGGGCGUGGAAUGGGCUAUUUGGAUGGGUUCUUGGAAAGAUGUUCAACCUAGGAAAGAUCCAAGCGAAGAAGAAGAACGAGUAA